AAACAAGGGGGUGGAGCCUCCCGACACAUUAUGAGCGCUACUCGCAAGCGCUGCGCGAUCAUUAAAGAGGCAAAUGAUGUACGAGCAACGUCCAGUCAGUCCAAGGUAGAACACAGACAAAGGACAACUGACACUAUAAAGGACAUUGCACAUCAGCAAGGAUACAAUUGUUACAAUUUGAACAACACAAGAUAUCAAGCUCAAGGAAACAAAUAUACUCAAGGGAUUGAAGCAAUUGGAUAAACUUUCAAAGUUCCAAGUACAGAGAGAAACCGUAAAAGGACUAUCCUCUCCAGACACAACAACAACAAAACUAAAGGCCUUGACCUCUGUAGGGAGAUUCGUGACCUCUACUCUCCGACCUCCUCCUUCUAGUCUUCUGUUGUCUGUGUGGUGCCCAGUGCUCACCAGGCAGGUCGCAAAGAAGCAGUGUGCAGCGCCAUGGUAGCCCACAGCAAGUUUGACUCCGUCAUGAGCAGCAGCCCCUUCGACACCACCAUGCGGCUGCCUCACCGUUACAAGACCUUCAGCUCCAAGGUGCAGUACCAGCUCGUCGUCACCACCCUGCACAAGCUCCAGGAGAGCGGCUUCUACUGGGGCUCUAUCAAUGGCAAGGAGGCCAACGCCAUGCUGGCCACCGAGUCCGUCGGCACCUUCCUGAUCCGCGACAGCUCCGACAACCGACACUUCUUCACGCUCAGCGUCAAGACGGCGUCUGGCACCAAGAACCUGCGCAUCCAGUGUGACUCUGGGUCCUUCUUACUUCAGACGGACCCCAAGAGCAUGCAGGCUGUGCCCCGCUUCGACUGCGUGCUCAAGCUGGUCCACCACUACAUGCCACCCACCAAAGGGGCUUCGUUGGUGGAGAAAAACACGAGGGGAGGGAACGCCUCCUACUACAUCUACUCUGGAGGGGAGAAGAUCCCUCUGGAGCUCCUCAAACCUUUCUCCUCCACUAUGUCCAGCCUGCAGCAUCUGUGUAGGAAAACAGUCAACGGACACCUGGACAUAUCCAGCAAACGGGACCAGCUUCCCCACCCGCUCAAAGAGUUCCUGCAGGAGUACGACGCGCCCAUCUAGGCCCCUCUCUGGACAUGUAGUGCCUCGAUGGCAUCAGACUUGAUAAAGGCGUUAUGAAGGGAACUUGGGCCGAUGUGAGAGACAGUGUGGCAGUACCCCACAGAACUGGGGGGGGGGAAAUAUGACUGUCUGUAUCUGUGUCUUAGAGGGAUGGUUCACCCACAUCAGGGUGCCGAGGCAGAGGGGAAGGCAGCAACAUGAGUCAGUCUGAGACAGUAAGAAGAAGAUGCUUGGUAUUGUGGUUCUCAUAAGGGCUGUACUGUACCUGUCUCCCAAGCCCAGGAGUGAUAUAACGUUACCAUGAGGAGUAGAGCUAUACUGGUCCAACGUCAGCCAGUCACUCUCAACAGGCUGCCAACCAAAAGACAAGAGGUGGGCGUCGUCAUCAGACUUUCCAGACUCUCAUUCAUGCAGAGAGAGAGAGAGACAGAAAGAGAGAGAGAGAGACAGAAAGAGAGAGAGAGAGACAGAAAGAGAGAGAAGGAGAGAGAGAGAAAGGAGGACUGGUUCAUUGAGAGGCUAAACGGACAGUCGGCGUGCUGCUAAUUGGUUCAGAUGUGUGUCAAGCAUGCCUUCGAUUGGACCAGAAAAUAACUAUUUCCCAACCUCAACUCUAACCUCACUGCAUGACUAAUAACUUCCUCCUGUGGUCCGCUCUCUCUCUUCAGUCGAUGAAGGCUCUGAGCCAGCAUCUUGCCUGCCUUCACACCUCUGACGAAGCACACAUUCCCACUGCUGCUACCCAUGGGGUCUGGCUGUGGCACGGCACCGGCCUGAGAGACACACACAAACACACCAGCCUCUCCUAUCCAUUCAACUAUUACAGCAGGAUGGGCUGUAAUGACUGUCCUUAGCUGGCUGUUGGAUAUUAGUCAUGGACAUUAGCCCUGAGCCUGGAAGUAUUAACGCGUUGGUCGGAGCACCAAGCAUUUUGGCCUCCUCUGGGAAAACUGGGAUCUCUGUCUCAGCCUUGCCAGGAAGCUGCCUAGCAACCGGAAUUCUAACCUAUGUUCCAAAGGGGACAUUUAACGUCACCACCUCCAACAUUACACUUUGAGUCAAUAAUUGUGUAUUUCGUUAGAAAAAAAUCCAGAACUGCAAACCAAUUAUGACCUAAUGUUACAGAAGUGUGAAGCCACAAAUGGCCGAAUGGAGAAAAUUAUAUUUGAGACUUAAGGUGUUGCAGAUGUGUGUAAUGAUUGGUUGAUUGGCAGGGCUUUUGAUUUGAACAUGCCAAACCUGCCCUGAACUCACCAACAAAACGGUUUCUUGACCGAACAACAAAUACUUGCAUGACAAAAAAACCCGAAUGAGGUGUUGCUUUUAUACUUGAGAUAAUAACGUCACUAUAUACAGAGGAAAUAGAGUCCGGGUAGGCCCUUAGUGGAUAGGAAAUAUACACCGAUGAAUGUGGUGGUAUUUGUGCCACAGACAGGAUACCAGAUAUCACUUGCUAUUGAAUGUAUUAAAAUCUGAGAAUCGCUCUUCCUCUCAAAGAGAGCAUCUAAGGUUCAUCCUGUUCAAUUGAUUUUUCUUAAAACCAGACAAUGUUUACAUGACUGACAGAAAAAUGCAAACAGGUUUUCUCCUAUCUUUUAUAAAGAUAUUCAUUAUUGUCUAGCCAGGUGACAGGCUGCAGUAGAAGCAUGAACGAGUUUGAAGAAAAAGAGAUCGCAGAAGCAAGCAGAACUAAAAACUUUGCACAUAUUUAUAUUCAUAUGACAUUUCAAUAAUUUAUAAUAAAGAGCACUAUUUUUUUAAUGAAUGA